CGAUAAUUACCGGUGGUUGUAUCACAUCACGCGCAGCAGCAGCAAGCAGCAGCAGCAAACAGCGGCAGAGAAACUCGCCCGUUUUCGGAUCUAUAUAUAUAUACGCACAUAUAUAUCCCCCCAAUCUAUAUAUAUAUAUAUAUGCACAUUGGCGAAUUUUUCGGUCGCCUUUAAUUUGUUUGUGUUUUUUCCGUGUUCUCCUCCGCGUGUGCAUGCAAUUACGUGUGUGUGCUGCACAAAAGACUAUAAUUAUAAAACUAAAGUGAAAAGCGUGCCAUAAUUACACGAGCAAUAUCAAUAAGUGCGAGAGCAAUGUGCGAAAAUUGCUAACGAACGCAGAAGCAAAACAAAAAAAGGCAACGCAACAGCAGUAGCAGUAGCAAAUCGCAACAGGAGCAAGUCACAUUUAUCGAGAGCUUUUCAACAUGAUCGAUGCGGCGUGCAACUACUUGAAUCCCUAUGCGCAUCAGCAUCAGGCGCAUCAGCAGGCGGCGCAACAGCAGCAGGCGGCGCAACAGCAGCAGCACCAUCUUCACAUGCAGCAGGCGCAUCAUCAUCUGCAAUUGUCGCAACAGCAGCAACAGCAACAGCAGCAGCAACAGCAGCAGCAACACAUGCAACAAUCACACUUGCCGCAGCAACAGCAACAGCAACAACAGCAACAGCAGCAACACGACUUCCUAAGCGCCGCCGCCCUGCUGUCCGCCCCCUCGUCCCUCUCCGGAUCGAGUUCCGGAUCGAGUUCCGGCAGCUCGCCGCUGUACGGCAAGCCGCCGAUGAAGCUGGAGCUUCCAUAUCCGCAGGCCUCCUCCACGGGCACAGCGUCGCCGAACUCCAGCAUCCAGUCGGCGCCCUCGUCCGCCUCCGUUUCGCCCAGCAUCUUCCCCUCGCCCGCCCAGUCGUUCGCCUCCAUUUCGGCGAGUCCUUCCACGCCCACAACGACCUUGGCCCCACCGCCCACGGCAUCGGCGGGUGGCAUUUCCGGUUCUGCAUCCGCAUCCGCAUCAGCAUCCGCAUCCAUCUCCGCAUCGGGAUCCACUUCCUCGACGGCCUCGUCGCCAUCGUCGGCCGCCUCCGCAUCGGCGGCAGCAGCGGCGGCAGCUGCGGCAGCGGCAGCAGCGGACCUCGGAGCAGCGGCGGUCGCCAGUGCCGCCUACGGUUGGAAUACCGCCUACUCCGGAUUGGGGCCAGCAAGAAGUCAGUUUCCAUAUGCACAGUACGCAUCCGAUUACUAUGGGAAUGCGGUGGGCAUGUCCUCCUCCGCCGCUUGGUUCUCGCACCAGGAGCGCCUGUACCAGCCGUGGAGCUCGCAGAGCUAUCCGGGAUUCAACUUCGAUGACAUCGCCUUCCAGACGCAGCUGCAGCGGCGCUCCGUUCGCUGCACGUGCCCCAAUUGCACGAACGAGAUGAGCGGACUGCCGCCGAUUGUGGGACCGGAUGAGCGCGGACGCAAGCAGCACAUCUGCCACAUACCCGGCUGCGAGCGGCUGUACGGGAAGGCCUCCCAUCUGAAGACCCACCUGCGCUGGCACACCGGCGAGCGUCCGUUCCUGUGCCUCACCUGCGGCAAGCGCUUCUCCCGCUCCGACGAGCUGCAGCGGCACGGCAGGACGCACACGAACUACCGGCCGUAUGCCUGCCCCAUCUGCUCCAAGAAGUUCUCGCGCAGCGAUCACCUCAGCAAGCACAAGAAGACCCACUUCAAGGACAAGAAGAGCAAGAAGGCCUUGGCCGCCGAGGCCAAGGAGCAGGCUUUCUCCUCCUCCUCUUCGUCUUCCUCCUCUUCCUCGGCGGCGGCGGCGGCGGCAGCGGCGAUAAAGCUGGAGAAGAAGGAGAAGAAGAACGGCAAGAGCCCGUUGCCGCCGCUGGAGUUCAAGCAGGAGCAGCCGGAGGCGCCGCUGGUCAACUAUGCGCCCUACGCGAAUCUCUAUCAGUCGGCGCCGCCACCACCGCCGCCGCUCUUCCAGCAGCAGCAACUGCAACUGCAUCAGCACCAGCAGCAGCAGCAGCAGCAGCAACAGCAGCAACAGCAACAGCAGCAACAAUCAGCGACGGGAAGCUACAUGGAGCCAUGGAGCAGCCGUGCCAUACAACCAGCCACUACCUCAGCCAGUCUCUCCUCCGCCGCCUCAGCCUCCUCCUCCUCGACGAGCGCCGGUUCGCCGGUGAUCUCCGCCGCCUCCGCCUCCGCAUCCGCAUCCGCCGCAGCCAUCGCCUCAGCCUCGUCCGCCUUGGGAUCCGCAUCCUCGCCAGCCGCCUCGGCCACCGCCCUGGCCCAGCAUCAUUAUGCCGCCCUGGCAAUGCAAAGUGAAUCGCAGCUGGCGGCGGAAUAUGGCCUGACCAUGAGCGGACUGGCCAGCGGCGCUAGCCAGGAUUCCAGCUCCAGUUGCCACAUGAAGUCCGAGUAUGCGGCCGGUUAUCCCGCGGAUUUCGGUGCGGCAACCACGGCAACCUACGGCUAUCCGCAUCCGCAUCCGCAUCAUCACAACGCCUGGGCAGCGGCCUAUCAUCCACAUGCCACCGCCUAAAAAAGUCCUAAACGAGAAUUAUAAAGGUUAUUGUUACAAUUUAAACUUAAAAAACUUAAAAACAAAUGCCAUAAAGUCCCCAAAAAAUAACACAUAACAAAAAAAAAAAAAAACUAAAACCCUAAAAACGGCAAACAAACGAAAGCGUAGAACGAACCUCUAGUGUGUGUGUGUUUUUUUUUCAGUGUUUAUUGUUGACAUCAAAAUAUAUGUGAAAAUCGAAAAAAAAUCCACAAUUACCAUUUAAGAUAUUACAAAAAACAAAAUACACUAUAUAAAUAUAUAUUAUUAACAAUACAAUUAGCUAGCUGUAGGGACGUGAAUUUUUUUCCAAUUUUUUUUUCCUCCAACUAAGUUAAGGAUCUUUUUUUUUUGCAUGUCUGUAAAUACAUAUAUAGUGUUUUUAAGCCAUACCAUAUAGAAUGAGAGAAAUCAUCUAGUUGUGUACCAUAAUAAUUGUUAAUUGUCUUUAAGAUAAAUUAUAUACAACAAAAAGCAUAAAAAACAACCAGGCGACAAAAUCCCCACACGAAAAUCCUAACAAUAA